UGAAGAAUAGUUAUAAAUUGUAAAUAAUAUAAAUUAAUUUAUAUAAAAUAAAUAUAAAUUAAAUUUGUACAACAAAAAAGACAAAUUUAAUAGAAAUUUAUACUUAAAAUAAUGGAUCAAACCGAUUUGUCACUGUUCAAGAGAAAACCUGAUAAAUAUGAAAAAACUGACAAUAUUCGCAACGAACGGGAUAUCAACUGUACCAACUUAAAACAAUUUGAAAAACAAAGAAUAAUUUCGCGACCCACCAAAGAAGAUGAAUAUCGCAGUGAUAAUCCUCAUGCGGGAGUUGCGCUCAUUUUCAAUCAUAAAUAUAUAACUGGUGAACGGCAAAGAGAGGGAACUGAAAAAGAUCGCGAUGCUAUGGAGCAAACUCUUUUAAAUUACGGUUUUGAUGUUAGAGUCUUUAAUGAUUUGACAUGGAGAGAAUUAAAUGAUGUUUUGGCAAAAACUGCUCAAGAAGAUCAUAGCAAUAAUGAUUGUCUUGUAGUAACUGUUAUGUCUCAUGGCAGUGAAGGGAGAAUAUAUGCUCGCGAUAUCUCAUAUCCUGUGGAACGUUUGUGGAAUUCAUUUUUGGGAGAAAAAUGUAGAUCUUUGAUAAAUAAACCGAAAUUGUUUUUCAUACAGGCCUGUCGUGGUCAAAAUCUAGACAAACAUGUAAUUUAUUCAGGAGUACAGCAAGCAUUUAUAGAGCCAAGAGUAAAAGCUGCAGAUAUACCACCCAAAUUUAGAUAUGUUAUACCAAAUACAGCCGAUAUUUUAAUAAUGUUUUCAACGUUUGAAAAAUAUAGCUCUUUCCGUAAUGUCGAAAAUGGUUCAUGGUUUAUACAGAGUUUGUGUUCGGUGCUAAAUGAUGCAGCCACCAAUGAAGCUGUCUCCGUAAAGGGUGCUGAAUUGUUACGCCUUUUAACGGCUGUUAAUCGUAAAGUCGCCUAUGAAUUUCAAUCGUUUAGUGAAUAUGAAGCCCUUGACCAAAAGAAAGAAAUGCCCAAUUUUUUAUCGACUCUAACGAAGACAUUUUAUUUGAGAGUUAAAAAUGGAUCUACAAAUUAAUUAAAAUUUUCUUUAGAAUAUUUUCGAUAAAUUAUAUAUUUUUUAAAGAAAUUUAAAAAAAAAAAAA